AUGGUCGUCCAAAAAAAUUUGACUUCAUCUUUGAACCAGACCUAUGAUGUUGACGAGACAUCCAUGAACCCUUACUUUAUAGCGGUCUACAGUCUGGUGUUCCUAGUGGGUUUACUCCUCAAUGGCUUUACAUUGAAGGUCUAUCUUUGUCGAGACUGGCCUGAGGUAUCCAACAGCUUGAUGAUCUACUUGAAGAACCUGACAGCUGCUGACUUCCUGCUCUGCCUCUGUCUGCCACUCCGCAUUACCUACUAUGCCAGCAGCUCUCCCAUCAUUCGUAGGCUGUACUGCAGCUUUGGAGCUUCUGCCUUAUUCAUUAACAUGUAUGCCAGUAUACUAUUCAUGGGGUACAUCGCUGCCAACAGGUAUCUAAGGAUCAUCCAUCCUUCAGGAACUCACAUGCUGCAGACAGUGCAAACUGCACGAAUCAUCUCUGUCAUCACCUGGGUUUUUCUCCUGGCUCCAACAGUCGUCUAUGUUAUCAUUUUUUACAGCUCCCAGGAACCUCUGACCUUUAAUCCUAGCCGCUGCAUUCACCUGUUUACUCCAUCAGUCAGCCUGUUGUUCAGAAUUCUCCACACCUUCUCUGCAAUCAUCUUCCUCUUGGUCUUCAUAUCCAUGGUCUUCUUCUACUACAGCAUCUUCCGCAGGGUUUUGGAGGCACAGCAGAAGCAGCUGACCUCCUCUGGCUCUGAGAAGCUGGUGAAGUAUCGCAGGAACGUGUUGGUGCUGGUCAGCAUCUUCUGUGUUUGCUUUGUUCCGUUUCACCUGGUUCAUCUUCCCUUUACGUUUCUGUGGAGCGAUGACUCAGUAGGUCCAGUAUUGUUCUACCUGAAGGAGGUGACCACCAUGGUGUCAGUUUUCAACAUCUGCCUGGACCCUGUUGUUUACUUUUUCCUCAGCAAUACUUUUGGGGAGAAGGUGAGAGCCAAACAUCCGACUACAAACGAGGAGAAUAAGAGCAGCAAGGACAAGCUGGACAUCAUUACAUUAGAACAAGUGACUCGAACCAGUUAG